AUCAUAAAAUCUAGUUAAAAGUCGACCAUGAAUAUUUGUUAUCAAAGGCUGUUGGUGUCAAAGUUCAAUUUUUUGAAACAACCUUCUUUUCGAGGUUAUUGUGAAGUUCAGUCCAAAUUUAAUGUAAGGAAUUUGUCUACGACUACUGCAAAAACAAUGAAUUUUGUUCAAUUUCAAAAAAAUGACAACUGCCAAGUACGAACUGGGUUAAAAAAGAAUGAUGGAACAAUUGUUGAGUUACUUUUGAGAGGCAAACCAGCUUCCAUGCUCAGUUUAUUGGGCUCAGGAGAAUUGGAGAAUUUAGACUAUUUAAAUUGUAGACUGAAAGAACCAGGAGUUUGCGAAAAGGAUGUGACACUUCUUCCUCCAAUUACAAAGCCAGAUAAAGUGAUUUGUAUUGGCUUAAAUUACAAAAGCCAUUGUGAUGAGCAAGGAAUUGAACCCCCAGACAAUCCAAUGUUCUUCAGUAAAUUCUCAAGCACAAUUGUUGGUUAUGAAGAUAAUAUUGAAUAUCCUCCAAUAACCAAGGAAUUGGAUUGGGAAGUUGAAUUGUGUGUGGUGAUUGGAAAAACUGCAAAAUGUAUCAGGAAAGAAGAAGCUUUUGACCAUGUAUUUGGUUACUGUGUCUCACAGGAUAUCAGUGCACGAGAUUGGCAAAAAAGAUUUAAUGGCAGACAAUUUUUAUUAGGAAAAUCUAUGGAUACAUUCUGCCCACUUGGACCAUCAAUAAUACAUAAAAGUGCAGUGAAGGAUCCCAAUAAUUUGAAACUAAAAUGUUGGGUGAACGGAGAAUUGAAGCAAGAUGGCAAUACAAAAGAUCUUAUCUUUAAGAUCGAUGAGUGCAUUUCUAGACUAUCACAAUGUUUCACAUUAUUCCCUGGUGAUAUUAUUCUGACUGGAACACCAGGAGGUGUUGGUAUGGCUCGCACACCACCGCAAUGGUUAAAACCAGGAGAUGUGAUUGAAUCAGAAAUCGAAGGACUUGGAAAAAUGACCAAUCACAUUGUUUGCCCAUGAAACAAAAACAU